AGUGUGGUUGCGGACACUUGUACGGCUAUGGACCAAUGGGUGCAUGAUCCAGCAGCAGAGUCGGCGUUGAGCCAGCUGCUUCCAUGUUUAGACGCUAAAACCAUUGGAGACACAUUGGAUAUAACCAAGACGAUGACCUCUACGGCCGUUGACAUGACUAAUGCGUACACAGUCAAUAUCAGUAACUUUGAUCACUUCCCACAUAAUAACCCUUUUUACCAUAACCAGUCUGGUCCGCUCGUUCCUCUUCUCUGUAACCCUCUCGACGAACAUCACAAUCCACGUCCUUGUGCUCCUAACGAAAUUCUCCUCGCUAAUGCUUCUCAGAUCUACAAAGGGUUUGUGUGCCAAGUGAACGCAGAAGGGAUCUGCAUAACACAGGGUAGGUUAACUCAAGCUUCAUACGACCAGAUGAUGGGUGCUAUCAACGUAGGAUUCACGUUGGACCAUUACGGUCCGUUCUUAGCUAGUAUUGCUGAUUGCACAUUCGUCCGAGACACAUUCAGAGACAUAACCACCAAGAACUGCCCUGGACUCAGCAUCACCAGCCAAUGGAUCUACGCAGGACUGGCGUCACUCUCUGGUGCAGUCAUGUUCUCACUUAUCUUUUGGAUGAUUUUCGUCAGAGAAAGACGUCACCGUUCUCAUAGUAAGAAGACGGUCCAGAUGAAUAGGUUUUGAUUAUUGCAAACAGGCCCAUUCAUUGUCCGAGUGAGCAUAUUAUGUUAUCUAAUUUCGUAAUUUUUGUUGGAACCUUUAAUGAUAUAU